AUGGACCACCAAAUAACGACUGCAAGCGACUUCAGAAGCACUUCGAUACCGAAUUUGUACCAAUUGGAUACGCUUUUGAGAUGUCAUAUUUGUAAAGAUUUUCUGAAAAUCCCUGUUUUGACACCUUGUGGGCACACAUUUUGCUCUCUGUGCAUUAGGGAACACUUGAAUAAUCAACCAAACUGUCCACUGUGCCUUUUCGAAUUUAGGGAAUCCUUGCUAAGAAGCGAAUUCUUGGUUAAUGAGGUUAUUCAAAGUUACACUUCCAUACGACCCACCUUAAUAGAUGCAUUAAAGAUACAAAAGCCUAUCGCAGAUGAAGACAAGAUGCCCAAACCACAAGAUUCGUCAUUGAUAGAGCUGAUAUCAGAAUCUGAAAAUGACGACUCAAAUACCGCUGACGAUGAUUUACAAAUUGUAUCAACAAGUGAAAGAAAACCUGCCAAAAGAUCAAUGACAGAUAUAUUGCCACUAAGCUCAAAACCUUCUAAAAGAACUUUUACAAUGUUUAGAAGUGAGCGGAUCAAGAAAAAACCUAAAUCAAACGAACAAAUGGCACAAUGUCCCAUUUGUCAACAAUUCUACCCUCUCAAGGCCCUUGAAAAAACACAUCUGGAUGAAUGUUUAACGUUACAAUCACUGGGCAAAAAAUCGAAGCCUCCCAAAAACUUCAAUGCAGACUUAAAAUCGCAGGACAAAGAGACGUCCCGACCUAAGUCGAAGACUCCUGAAACAGACGAAAAUUUUCGUGAUGAAGUCUCACAUGUGGAUAAAUACUUAAAUUCAAUGGCAAAGUCAGAAUACCAGCGACUGCCCAAAAUCAAUUUCACUUCGAUGAAUCUGUCCCAGAUUAAACAAAAACUGAUGUCAUUGGGGCUAUCGACAAGUGGUACCAGACAAAACUUUAUUAAAAGGUACAAUCAUUACGAGAUGCUUUGGAAUUCAAAUUUUUGCGAUUCCUUGGAACCUGUCGAUGAAAGUGAACUAAAGAGACAGUUGUUAAGCUGGGAUGUUUCGCACAAUAAACCACCACAAAAUACGAACAAUAAUGGUGGAAUCUCCAAAUUAAUGAUGAUGAAAAGCAGCGGCAAAUCCUCUUCAUAUAGAAAAUUAUUAGAGAAUUUCAAGAACGAUAAAUUUAAUAGGAAGGGAUGGAUCGUUAUGUUUCAAAAAGAUUUUUCCAGGCUUAUUAAGGAAGCAAAACUGAAAAUAAAAACCAGUUCACCAAAGACUUCAGAUUUAACAGAGCAAAUUCACGAAGAAGUUCAUGAGGGAAAAAUGCAAGGCGUUCAAGUAACCGACGAGCAGCAAAUGGAGGAGGGGCAAGAGAUCAUCCUCAGCGAAAAACAAGAGGUGAAUGAGAUAAACUUUCCAAAUGAAGAUUUAACUGAUGCUGAUUUGUCAAGAGAAUUGAUAGAUAUGAAUGAGAAUGGCAAAGAUCCACCUGGUACCAACUAA